CCCGCGUCCCGGCUGACGUGCUGAGGCGGGUAGAGGCCAUCCUAUGCUCGCACGGCACCGAUGUACCCGAUGUACCAGCAGAAAUCGCCGCCGAGUUGUAUCAUGAUUCAUUAGGCAUGGCGCAAGCGGGCGAAGCCAACUGGACGGAUCCUUUUAUUGCCGUCGUCCGACGUUUGACUCGACGCUACGACGCAGACUUGGUUUGGCAUCGGGACAGAGAGUGGUUGCCCGAUCUCAAACCACCACGAACACCCAGAACCACAACUUCGCAACAGCUUCAAAGCACAGUUCCACAGAAACGGAAACGCAGCGCAAUGCCUGGCAUGACACUCGCAACAGACCAGGCCAUGUUGCACCAAUUUCGGCCGAAAAUGCCAUGUCGAGUUACGUCUUCCGGCUCCCCCAUGCCUACGCAAGAACUAGCUAUGCCCCCUCCACCACCGAGAUCCAGCAAGUCAUCCCAAACCUCAAGGUCCUCCAAAUCCAAAUCGCAAACCUCCGGCAGCCUGCACACAGCGGUCUCAGCAGGAGGUCUCAGAACACCUAAACCAGACCUCUACAUCGGCUUUUCAGAUGACGCCUUGACUUCACCGUCCGUUCCUCGCAUGUUUCUCACCGACAUUCAACAGGAAGGCGUUUUGAUCAGCGACGCCAGCCCCAUGAUGGUCGGCUGCCGCUUCCCUUUCCUCAUCAUCGAGGCCAAGUCUGCUGCCACCGGAGGCAACCCUUUCCAGGCAGAGAACCAGGCUGCUGUCGGAGGUGCAUGCGCUGUCAGGCUUCUUCAGAAAAUUCAAGAGGUCACUUUGUCGUCUGGUAGUGAUCAAGCAA